AGUUCCUGGCACCAAACUGACUUGACCCCAUUGCUUGGCCUCCCGACGCCUUGGCCUUCCGAAGGGAUCAGUCCCCCAACUGCUUCGGACCUGACAGACACGCUCUCACGCUCCGCCUCCAGACGCCCUAAGGCUCUGACCCACCUGACGGACACGCCCCCCACGCUGUAACGCCCCCCAAUAAGGGGACUUGCUCCCACGCCCCGACCCACCUCGACUCCACGCCCCGACCCACCUGACCCUCCUCAUGCUUCCACACCCAGCCCAUCUGACCCACCUCUUGUCCCCAUGCCCAGCCCAUCUGACCCCCCAAGACCAUCUGACCGAUCAUGCCCAGGCCCACCUGAGGAACCUCACACCCCUCUCUCGCCCCUCACAUCCCACACACCCUAGACCACUUACUAGAUUUCAGCUCCUCUUGCUAAGCCAAAUCCAUGUCCCCUCCUCACGCAGUCCCUCCCUCCAGGCGCCUGAGACUCCCUUGCUUUCCAGCCUCCAGCACAGCUGGUCCACAAUGAGGGGAACACAGGGGUCCCUGUGCAGUAGCACUUAGACCUGUGAAACUCUCCUCCAGGCCUGGACCUCGUGGGAAUAACACCAUGGUUCAAAGCUGAACUCAGAGCGGCUGUGUUUUUAGCACUAGAAGAACAAGAAAAAGUAGAGGUUAAGAUCUUGGUGGAAUUCCUCAUCGACAACUGCUUUGAGAUAUUUGGGGAGAACAUUCGGACGCGUUCCCGCAUCACUUCUGACGACUCCCUGGAACACACUGACAGUUCAGACGUGUCAACUCUGCAGAAUGACUCGGCCUAUGACAGCAAUGACCCAGAUGUGGAGCCCACAAGUGGCGCAGCCUCUCCCAACAGGCAACUGGAGGGUCCCACUCCCACAAUGGCUGGUCUGGAUACCCGGGGCCACCGGGACACCUGUGAGUCAAGCUCAGAGUCCAGCGUUAGCAUGGUAGUCAGGCUGAAAAACUCCAUUGUCCAACAAGACAGGCGGUUCUCUGAACCCAACAUGUCACCCUCACGAGAGUGCCUCGUGGGCCCAACAUCCAAGCAAAAGCUAACAAGGAGUGAGGACAGCUUCACUCUGUCCCAGGACGCCUCCUGUUCUGAAGGCGAUGAAGCUGAAGAUCCCUUUACAGAGGAAGUCUUCCCAGCAGUGGACAGCAAACCCAAGAGACCUGUGGAUUUGAAAAUAAAGAAUUGGACCCAAGGUUUAGCAUCUCCACAGGGACACAUAACCAAAGCUUUCUCCAGAUCCUCCCCAGGCGAAUCUUUGGGCAGCUCACCUGUGCCUUCUCCAUCCUGCCCCAAGAGAAACUUCUUCACCAGACACCAGAGUUUCACAACAAAGACAGACAAAACCAAACCCCAGAGAGAAAUUAGAAAGCACUCCAUGUUGUUUUCCUUUGCGUCUCACAAGAAAGUGCUGCCCCGAACCUCCAGCAUUGGGUCUGAGAAAUCCAAAGACUUUUCUAGAGACCAACUCCAGAAGGACUUGAGGAAAGAGAGCCAACUUUCUGGCAGAAUCGUCCAGGAAAAUGAGUCAGAAAUCCAAAGCCAAACAUCUUUGGGCUUCAGCUUGUCUGGCACCUGGGCCCUCUCAGUCGACAACACGUUCCAGUUAGUGGAUAUGAGGAAACCAGGAAGCCCACCAUCUUACGAAGAGGCCAUUUAUUACCAGACAUCAGGACUCACAGCCUACGGUGGCCAGACAGUUGGGAGUAUGAGGUCAAGAAUGUUCAAGCCAAGCACAGCGGUGCCCCCUGUGCCUUCUCACCAUGGAGGUGACCUCAGUGAAGGGACACCUGGUGGACACAGAUUGUCUUCUGUGACUGAGCACUGGACACACAGUCAGACUGUCCAUGUCUCUAUAGAAACUCAGGGGAGAUCUGAGCUACACCAGUUGAGGACAGUGUCCGAGUCCAUGCAGAAGGCUAAGCUGGACUGUCUUGGGCCACAACACAGCCACUUAGUCUUUGAGGCUGACCAACUCUGCUGUGCUAGAGAAUCCUACAUUUAAGAAAGCCUUGUACCAUGGCUAACUUGUGUGUGAAGAUGCGACUGCAGAGAACUGUCUGUUGAGUCACAGAUAAGCUCAUUCAGAACUCAGUGUGCGGCUCUCCUCUGUGAGGAUGGCUCACAUGGUGACACCAAAUUUUGCCUGUGUGUAACCGGGUUUGUGCAAUAUGUAGUAAAUGUAUAAAAUGUAUUAUUAUAUGCAAGGUAUUAGAUGCAAAGGGUGUCUGCGUACAUCCCUUCAUGCAUGCACUUCUGUAUGUUGUUUUUUUGUCCUCAGGCACUUGUUUCUAUUAAGUAGAAAGAGUUUUACUUUUCUUAAUGUUACAGCAAAUGUCAUGCCUGUGUUCACAUUAGCCGCCAGCUGCAUGUAGGUGGAAAUGUCUGAGCCUCUGAUGCAUCUUCUCCUAAGCAGGCUUGAGACGAGUCAGCAUCAUAGAAGGGAACAGACUGAAAGACACUGUACUUGGUGUGUGACCCAUCAGCCGCACUGGGAGAAGGUCUUUCAGUCAUCUAAUGGAAUGUGGGUGGCCUGGUGGAAAUGCAUUCUGUCAGUAGUAACUCACGCAGAGUACUUUGAGCCUCUGCAGCUCAGUCAUGUCUUGUGCAGCUGUGUAGUGGUAAGCACUGUUGUAUGCAUUGGGGAGUCUUGUAUAAGACUUCAGUAGAGUUUAUUUAUUAGUCACAAUAAACUGCCCUCCUCCUUUAGACAGUUUAUUACUUGCCGAUGUUAUAUCCUUUGCCUCAAAUAAAAAUCCACCAAGAACAUUAUCCACA